UGUAGGCACUGUAACACCUCUUAUCAGUUUUUCAGUGAGUUAAGUUAAAUUUUAAUCCUUUUCGUUAACAGAAAUGCUAUGUUAUAAAGCUUCUGUGUGUGUGGUGGUCACCAUCUUGACCGUUUUAGACUUCGCUAUAUACGCAAUGCCUCAGACGGAUGACGGUAUAGCCGAACCACCGCUACCCAAUCAACCCAACUCCACAGUGCAGUUACAUUACAACGACACCAUCAACGAAGACACCACAUACUACGACGAGAACACCACCACUGAGGACAGCGGGGACAAUUCUUGUGAUUGCGUUUGUGGCUUACCAAACCGAAAGCAGAGGAUUGUAGGUGGCCAGGUGACGAAGGUGAAUGAGUUCCCCUGGGUCGUUGAGCUGAUGAAGCGCGGGAAGUUCUAUUGUGCCGGAAGUCUCAUCACCAGACGCCACGUGCUAACGGCAGCUCAUUGCGUUGACGGAUACAACGCGAAAGACAUCCGCGCGGUGCUUGGGGAACACGACAGGGUGAGCAAGACGGAGACAGUGACAGUUGAGAGGAAAUUGGCCAGAGCUAUAGUUUAUGCUAACUUCAGCAUCUUAACCUUCAACAACGACAUUGCCGUUCUGGAACUCGAGUCUCCGGUGGAACUCAAUGCCACUGUCCGUCCCGCGUGUCUACCAGCUGAUGGCACCAAGAACUACGUGGGUCGGAUGGGCAUCGUGGUGGGAUGGGGUCGAACAGAUGAGAGGAGACCCACAUCCACUGCUCUGCGCAAAGUGGCCGUCCCUAUCAUGUCCAAGGAGGAGUGCUCCAAGUCCGGUUACUCCAAUAACAGGAUCACCGAAAACAUGUUCUGCGCGGGAUACCCGGACGGCAAGAAGGACGCGUGUCAGGGAGACAGCGGUGGACCACUGCAUGUCGACGGCGAACGUGGCUUCAUGGAAGCCGUGGGUAUAGUAUCCUGGGGUCGAGGUUGUGCCAGGCCCUAUUUUCCUGGAAUAUACACUAAGGUCGCCAAUUACUUGGAUUGGAUACACCAGCAAAUAGGUGACGAAUGCAUGUGUCCGCCCCCGUUAAAGUGCUCUCAAAUCAGUGUGGUCUAUCUUGAGGGAAUCAUUUCACUGAAGAUGGCAAUCUUCUCGGCUGUUGGGCCGUGCAGUCUGGUACAAAUUCACCGACGUUUCAGAAAUGCUUGCUGCCUCCAACAUCAGGGCUAUCAUCCUGAUGAUGAAGGCAGCAAGGACCUAGAUAAACGUUCAAGGAAUUUCAAGAGAAUUAGAGUGGGCUGGAAUGGUCUAAAUAAGACUGAAAAUGACACGAACGGCAGCAAUCGACUUCUGUUUGACGAACUCUUCGGUCUGGGAUCCAGUAGUUCUUCCGAUACUGAAGACGAAGCGCUGAGGAACUGCUCAUGUCAAUGCGGAGUGGUAAACCAAGAGAUUAGAAUCGUGGGCGGACGCCCGACGGGUGUGAACCGGUACCCAUGGGUAGCGCGUCUCGUGUACGACGGUAAUUUCCACUGUGGAGGAUCGCUCCUAAAUGGCGACUAUGUGCUGACAGCGGCUCAUUGCGUAAGGAGGUUAAAACGCUCAAAGAUUCGGGUGUUCCUCGGUGAUCAUGACCAGUACCAGACAUCAGACACGCCGGCAGUCAUGCGUGCCGUGGCUGCUGUUAUCAGGCACCGGAACUUCGAUGUCAACACCUACAACCACGACAUUGCGCUGCUCAAGCUGAGGAAGCCAGUCACCUUUACGAAGCGUGUGAGACCGGUGUGUCUUCCGCAGUCUGGUACGGAUCCGGCGGGACGUGUUGGUACUGUUAUCGGAUGGGGCCGAACGUCGGAAGGAGGUAUGCUACCAGCACUGGUUCACGAAGUGCAGGUGCCCAUUCUGAGCCUUCAGCAAUGCCGGCAGAUGAAGUACCGCCCAUCCCGCAUCACAGGCAACAUGCUGUGCGCUGGAAAAGGGGCCGAGGACUCGUGCCAGGGUGAUAGCGGAGGUCCUCUAUUAAUACAAGCAGCAGAUGAUAAACUUGAAAUCGCUGGUAUCGUGUCAUGGGGUGUGGGCUGCGGACGCCCAGGGUACCCUGGAGUCUACACACGUGUAUCACGAUACUUUGAUUGGGUCAAGAAGAACAUGCAGGGUUCUUGCUUCUGCAUCAAUUAAAAAAGCAUACAUGCUUCAUAAGAGGUGUUUCCAAAUAAUGGUUACUUUUGGGCAUUCCGAAAAAAAUACAGUUUAUUACUACAGCAAACUUCGCACAUGCUGCAGUUAUCGCGAUCUAGCAUAAUUUGAAAACAAAAACAACUGAACUGCAAGAAACUUAUGGCACCUGCAAUCUACAAGUAUAUAAAUGUAAAUGUGACCACUUUUUUAUUGAUAAAAUAUGAUACCUCUAGUGACAUGCAGAUAAAUUUCUGAUAGUUACUGUUUCAGGAGCACUGCUUAAAAGUGAAAUAAUUUAAAAUAUGACUGAAAUCUUGUUAGCAUUCACUAAUAAAUAGAUGUCUCGAUAAACACUCGACCGAGCAAAGAAAUACAUUUUAUGGUGAACAUUAUGUUAUUUUCGCACUUAUUUGUUUACAAAAUGAUCUAAAAACAUAACAGACAAACUUUCAUGAAAUUGCAUGUCACUACAGUAGAAGAUGUUAUAAAAACUUAGAUGAGGAGAAUAUUAAUUCUAGCCUUUGGGAUACAUGAGUUUCGAUACUUAGUGAUCGAUAGGUGAUGAAAACUUUUGAACGGAGAAGCGACAGAUGUGAGUGUUAAUUAGUUUACAUGCUUCAAAACAUUGUGUAUUAAAUGCAGAGGUUAAUUAUCGAUGAUGAUAUUUAUGAUAAUAAGCAAAAGGUGAAAAAAUUGUUUAACUGAAGAAUACUGAAAACCAGUGGCUCAGGAUGAAGACUGACAAAGGCUCCUGUGAAUACGGUAAUGAGCCUUUAGUUUCUAUGAAAGACGGGUAAUGUGGUGACUAGCAGAACUACUAUAAGCUUCUCAAAAAUAACAUUGCUCUUGAAGUUACAUACUGUAUAUCUUUUGUGUCAAAUUCCAGGAAUGGUCCCACAAAUCCUCUUGUAAUACGAGGAACUUAUUUCAAUACACAUGUAAAUCAAAGCAUUUACAUUAGCACAUAAAAUAAAUUAUUUAUUUUUCACUCCAUUUCUGAUAAUUCUGUUUCAUAAAGUAGUAAGAUUUAAGAGUUUAAUAGAGUGAUAAUUUAUCGUAUAUGAGAACUUGAGUUUUCAAGUCGGUGAAGACGGAUUUUGGUUUUCCAGGUUAUACCACCAUGUUGAUUUAUAGAUAGAUACCGUAGUUUUGGAGGAACAUACUGCCUCCGCCUUCAGGGUUUUAGAAAAAUCGAUAAAAUCGUUCUGUCUCUCUAGUUUCACCCCUGUCAUGAUCUCAGGUUUGGUCUGAUCGAUGGGAGACUAUACGUGGCUUUAAUUCGGCAUGCAAUGGAAUUUAAUAAUUUAUACGCUUGAAAUAUUAUUAAGGUGAUAAAAUCAGGAUAAAACGGGUGGGGCGAGGUUAGAAAUGCAUUCCAAUCUUCGGCCGGACAAUUUGAAGGCAAAAGAACACUUGACAGACGUAGCCAUAGAUGUAAGGAUGAAAACACAAAGUGAGAGUGUGAACUGAAUUCAGCUAGCCCUAGAGAGAAUUUAGUAAGCACGGCAAUAAAUCUUCGGAUGCACAGAAGACCGAGAAAAUGUCCUGAUUAGCUGACAGACUAUUGGCUACUCAAGAAGGACUCUGCUCUAUAGAGUCAGACAUUUUACAUGGCUAUUACAAGUGUCAUCAGCUAAAAUGUGUGACUUCAGGGUAUCAUUUAUCGUCCGCGGCCGACGGGUCAUGAAAGAAAGUGUUAUUGAAACUUGCAAAAUUGAGAACACGGACUAAAUUUCUCAAUGUCCAAACAAAGCAAAGAAAGCAAUGGCACAAAUUUUAUAUCCAGGAGAAGAAGUCAAUUAUUUCCACGUUCUUUUCUUACGACUAUUUUAAUUUCUGUUCAAUAGGUUCCCUGUCAAACUCUAAUCCAAUUUACGCUUUCUCCAUCCUUAAUCCACUUCCUUCGUCACUCUGUACUUGUAUAGUUGCAUCUGAUGAUUUAAUAUUUUAAUUAUAGUAAAAAUACAAUGGAUAAGGCAAGUAAAAAUAGUAUUAUUCCAAGCAUUACUGCCAACUACGAUCCUCAGAUAACAGACUUUGGUUAUGAAUGACACAGGUUUUUCACCUUUAGAGAAUCUUCACAUCACUCUAUUCUGUGGCCAAAAUGACAAUUUAAUGAAGACUAAAAGAAAGUUUUAUGGACUUGUAAGGAAGAACACGCUCUUAUUAACCUAAAAGACCCUGGUCUGUCUAUGAAAGAGACAUAGUAAUGACUGAUCCUUAUCUUUUUAAGGUAAAGUCCUAUAACUUUAAUAAGAGAGGGAAAAUCCCGUCAGGAUGAUUGUUCUCCACGUCUAAAAUCGAACCCGAGAUCUGCAAAAUGCAAAACAGGAUUUCUAACCAUUACACCACCACAUUCAUUCAUUAUUCAUUCUGUUACAUUUUCCUUCCUGUAUAACUGAACAGUCUAAAAUAGGUAAUUAACGAGUCAAUUAGUUUAUCGUUACUCUUUGUUUUCAGUUUCGUUAUGUAACUUAAAUGACUGUGUAAUUAGUGGAAAUAUACUAAACAGUGAGAAGAGCUGUGAAGUGCAUUAGCUUGAAUACAUUAGUGAGUUCUCGUUUAAACAACAACUUGGUGAGUGCCGAGAGACAUCCCAAGGGACCCAAAUUCCGUGUUAUAUUUGUUCAUACUGUUUAGCUUCCUACUCAUUUACUGCUAAGCUAACACUGCCAGUGACUUAGCUAGCGGUCUUGCACUACUCCAAACACAAAAUAUACUAACAUAAUUUGUUUGCAGAACUGUGGAAGACAUAAACCGUUUUACACAGCGCUUAUUUCAGAGGUUAUCUUUAGAACUUACUACGAAGUAGAAAUAACAACAAACCAUAUCUUUUCGCUCGCCAUAUAGUGUGUUGAAUGUAUCUAAACAGAUCUCACGAAUCAAUAAAUCUAAUGAAGUGCGAAUAA